AUGUCCAUAGAAGUUGACUGGGGCGCCGCAACUUCCGGUCCCGACGGAGAGGCUCUGGCCGAGCGCAUCCGCUCUUUUAUUCAUGACAAGUUCCAGCAGGUUGCUCUGCCACGCUUUAUCCGAUCAGUACAAGUCCACUCUUUCGACUUCGGGACGAUCCCGCCUGAGCUCGAGAUCAAGGACCUUUGCGAACCGUUCGCCGACUUCUAUGAAGAAGAUGAAGACGAUGAAGCGUCCGAUGUAUCUGAGGGACUUGUCUCCAGGCAUGGUUCACCGUGGCAUGGGACUCAUCCAGAGCUCAAUGAAUCAUCUUUCCGCGACGAUAAUGCAAUAAAUCAUUCGCUGCGUGAUCCUUUUACCGAAGGCUUCCAGCCCUCGGCCUUGCGAUCUCCCAUAGCUCUUAGCGACCAUCUCAAUCCGCAUUUCCGCUCCGGCACUCCUGGUAUACCCGGAGGUACAUCGACCCUAGGCUACCAUCUGAUGUCACUUGGUGGGCUUUCAGGGACGCAGACACCCCUUGCUGCAGUUGCAGGCGGAUCUCCGUUCGCAGGCGGAUGGAAUGAUUCUGGGAUGAUGGGCCCUGGUAAUAGGGGGCGUCCACCGCCUCCAAUUUUUACUGCCCACCAAUCGCGUCCGGAAGCCGACAUUGACAGCAGUAAUCCGACUUCGCGCCCAUCAACAUCAAGCACGUUACCUUCUCAUCCAUCCGGGUCCAAUAAAAAUAAUGGUGAUGGAGCAGGCGGUCCUGACCAUGGAUCACACCCCGAAGAGCAUGGACAUUUAGAUGACCCUACUUCGGAAGAGCCACUGCGAUUUCCUCGAAUGAGAGAGCGCCGGCCCGAGGAUUUUCAAGUACUGUGUCACGCCAAAUACGCGGGUGAUGUGCGGCUGUCAUUGACAGCGGAAAUUCUUCUGGACUAUCCUAUGCCCAGUUUCGUGGGACUACCCUUGAAACUAAAUGUCACAGGGAUCACGUUUGAUGGUGUUGCAGUGGUCGCGUACAUCCGCAAGCGGGUCCACUUCUGCUUCCUGUCAUCCGAAGAUGCGGACGCGCUGAUUGGGUCUGAUCAGCCGGACGUCGGUGCUCAAACCGAGUAUUCACGCUCUGGCGGGGAUGCGACCGUCUCUGCAAAGCGACAGGGUGGACUGCUGCAAGAAAUCCGAGUUGAGAGUGAGAUUGGUCGGAAAGAAGAUGGCAAACAAGUCCUCAAGAACGUCGGCAAAGUGGAACGGUUUGUGCUCGCACAGGUGCGGCGGAUAUUCGAGGAGGAGCUCGUCUAUCCUAGUUUCUGGACAUUCCUGGUCUAG